GAUACCACUGUGCAUUCAAAAGUCCUUUUUUUUUUAGCGUCGGACUCUAUCCAUCCGUCUCACACACACCAUCGCGACCACCAAGAAAACAUCCAAAACUGAACCGAUCGCUCGAUCCAUCACUGAAGCUAGGUCCGCCAGCACCGCCACCGCUCUUGGGCCAGCCACGGGUCACGACCAGCUCUUGACGCACUGCCAGGUACGUCGCCCACUGCCAUGUUGCGGAUCCCAUCCUUGUCGCUUUCCCCUUCGCCGCUUCGCUCGCCUGCACAUGCAAAUCCCCACCCUUAGCCGCGAGUCUUCUUCGGUGGUUCUAUUCUGCCUGGGAUCUGCGGAAACGUGCCGCGUGCCGGGUGUUUCUGUCGCUGGUCAGUCGCUGUGGGUUUGACGGCAACGAACGGAUCUUCUAGGCCGCGAAAGCAGCAUUGGGAUCGAAGACAAAAAAAAGCUACGUUUUGGGAUCUGGCCUUGUCAGGGGGCACGGGGCCCCCUAAAAUGGCCCCUUCCCCUCUGGCCGGCCCCUGUGCACCCUUGUGGCUUGGCCCAGCUGCUCUGCGUCCGCAGCAGAAAUAGCUGCAGUGUCCCUAGCUGCAGCUAACAGUCAGUCUCGAAGCUAACGACGCUCAGCCGGUCAGCCCAGUGCAUCACACGUCCACGAACCCAUAUCAUCAGCCCACCGGCUCGUCCUGCGAGGCCUCACCGCCGCUGUCGCUGUAUUUCCACUCCUCCACGACCUGGCUUGCACUCUCUUCCCCGGGUCCGCCUGCACUAGUGGUUUCGUUAUCUUGGGGCAUUGCACCAUAUUCCUUGCGGGCGAGUGUGUUUUUUGCCCGUUCCUGGCUCGCCUUUCACCGCCACCCGAUCCGAGAUUCACAAGCAAACUCGAGUGUUUCGACGAAACCGCUGCCGAGACUGACGACGAUCCGAUCCGGCCCUUUCCUUGGCUUGGCUCUUGGAUUGGUUUCCCUCCGCGUCUGGGCCCAUCAUUGCAUUGCAUAUGCCCUGAGUAGCGUUUAUACUCGUCUCCGACGUCUUCUGUUCUGUUAUUACCCACGGACGCCCAACCUCGUUUUCUCGGCUCGACGACGGAUCGGCCUCCGCUCCCAGCCUCGCCGUCGGUGCCGCGCCCACUCCUUUCCCCAACAUUCCGCCUAGCAUCUUUCUAUAUUAUCGGCAUCGACGACCACGCCGACGACCACAGCAGUGUCUCUCCACGUCAAAAUUGCAGCUCAUCCCUGUCUCUAACCGCAAGGCUACGCCAAGCCGUUCUCGAACCGUUGAAAUUUUUCUGUUGCAGCAUGCUCGACAUCGCAUAGCCGAAGAACGAGGAUGUUUCUCCACUCGGGAGCCAGUCUCCACGGCCAUGAAUACUCGAACCGUCCAGCUCCAGGCGCGGGUCCGGCGCUCAACAGGCGCUCGCCGCUACUCCGGUCCCCUUUCUCGGCACCAUUGGCCCGCAGCAACACGGCCCCUCCGUCUGCCCUCCAGUCCCGGUACGCGCCACCACAGCCCGGCCGACCGGCCCAGACCCCCCAGCCCCAGCAGCAACCGCUCCAGUCAUGCCUGCCCCAAAAGCAGUCCUCUCGCCUCCGCUGGUCAACAGCCGAAGAACCCGUCGUUCGCUUCCAGGAACAGCCUGAACUUGUCGAUGGAAUGGCAGAGAAGCAUGACUCGGUCCUUGGUCCCCCAUCACCCGCAAUCAUUAGCGAAGACGAGGGUUCAUGCUCCGAGGCCAGCGAGGUUGGUAUUGGCAGCGCCAACAGCGGCGGUAGGAGUCGGAGGCGGCGCAAGCCAAGGUUACCUCGCAAGAGCAGCCUCUUCUUCCUCGCGAGGCCUGCGCCCAAGCUGGUCAAGAAGCGCCUCAUGAAGCAGCUGGUCAGGCCCAAACUGCUCCUUCAGCUCCAUCAUCUAUCUGUCGACAAGCGUCCAACUCCACUUUUGGAUAUUUUCCCUGCCUCCACCAUUGCCGGCCCGGCCCUCGGCGGCCGCUUCGCGAAGCGUUUCCCGCGCGUCUUUGGCGUGACGGGUGAUAGGAGCGAACUGGGCUCCCAAGAUGUCAUCCUUCUGCGAAGCGAAGAGUACUGCACAGCGGACGACUGCGAGUUGGGACCGGUGCACGACGACGACGAUGAGGAGAACCUAAACUGCAGGGAACUUGUGGCCGUACUCAGCCCUCUAAGGUGGGAAGACCGCACCGAGAUUGUCUUGGAUGAUGGAAACGUUUGGGUCGGCGAAUCGCUGGCCAACGGUUCCUUCGAGUUCACCCACACUGACGCGCACGGCGCCAACACAACCGCGCGCUGGGUGAGAAGAAGCCCGGCCAAAGCCACGACCCCUAGCUUGCCGCUUGCGAAUAUCCAGCCUUGCCCCGACAACAGCAGCCCAUGGGCAACGAGUGUGGAUGAGUACAAAUACACGUUCAGCAUAAUCGACCCGCUGUCACGCCGCCAUCCGAUCAUGGCUACACUUACUCCGAACACCCUGGACGUUCUCGAGAACUACACCACUGUUUCCUCUUCUUACGGGAAGUACCCACCGUCAAGGCCCUUCGGUCACGGCCACGGCCACGGCGCGUCUUCGGACGAGGAGGAAGAUGACGAGGAGGGCGGCGCCCCGCUGCCAAAGCCGGAGCGCCAAAGCAAGCCCGUUGACGCUGCCACGCGCAAUAUCAUUUCCAUAACGGCCGUUUGGGUGACACUCCGCCUGGGCGGUAUUAUGCCGGCGUCUACCGAGCGCACCAUGUCCCUCCGCUCCGGCGGCGCUUCCCGUGCCCGCAAUGGUAGCAUGAAUGGAGGCCCCAAGCCCCCGACUAGCCGGAGUGGCACUCCCUCGGCAGCCGCCGGGAGGGAGGACACGGCCACUCCAGGGCCACAAACCCCGGCUGUGGGCGGUGGCGCUUCUCUUCUUCCUCGUAGGGCGACCAGCACAGGCGCGGCUUUCGUGCAACGGCGAAUGCAGAUGUCGGACGCAAGUGACUCGGAGAGGGCGGUCGCCGGAGCACCGUCCUCGGGACUCAGGAGCAAGGGUCGACGCGUGCUCAGCGGAGACUGGAACGUAUCCUCCUGGAAACGCAGCUCGACCCCGCAGCCCACGACGUCGACGGCAGCCCAGAUCGUCGGCAUGUCCCCCGUGCCGCCAAGGGAGCCCCAGUCACCGCGGAAAGACCACUCAUCCACGUGGCCGCACUCCUCUGGUGGCGUCUCCCUGCUCGGUAGCAGGCCUGGUUCGGCGCAGCCCGCGUCGGAUCUCGUCGCCACUCAAGCUCGAUCCGACAGGCGCGCCCAGCCGACCCUCUAUGGGGCGCCACCUACUGCAGCACUCGAAGCUGCCGGGCUCGUCGGGCUGCGCAACCACGCGACCUCGACGCCUGGACCGGUCGAUCCGAACAGCCCUGCGGGUGCGCUUGCCGCUCUGGAGGGUGGUGUCGACGCCUCGGCAGUAGCUGGUGGUCCGGGCGUGGACAACGCCGCGCGGCCCGAGAAGGGAUGGAAGCGGCUCAGUGGGUGGCUUCGCCGCUUCGGGCGAUAGGCCUGCUCCUGCGCGGCACACCCCGCUUAGACAACGAUCCUUUCACUAAGAUCUAUGGGUGCUUUGCUUUCUUGUUCCACCUUGUGCCAUGGAUGGCAGCAACAGUCUUGUUCGGAUCACAUAUUUGUCUGCUCACUUCCCCUUUCGGCGUUUGUUUUACUCAUCAAGAUCACGAUACCCUUCGCAGUAUGUACUAUUUUCCCCAUACUCAUCUUUAGUAUCAGCAUUAGGCGUUUUCAGGCGCACGGAUUUGUUCGACUUGUUCCAUAAUCGACUCCAACCAAACCCCAUUGUGCGGAUUUGCAUAUUCAUUCAUCCUGUCGAUGCUACCUGGACUCACAGUCAAAUGCGUUUUCGCUUGCUAGUUUCGGUGCCUCUACCGUACGCCAGCCCCAUCACCUGGGUCGUAUUGUAUGACGCACCAAUACAGAUGCUAUCCGCCCCUCACACGGGCUCCAUGCGGUGCACUGGGAAAGAAUUUAUGCUGUUACACAUUCACUUGAGCACCAGACUGUUGUGCCCCCAACCCCAUGCCGCGUGUUGACGAUGCGCUAUUUGUGACGGACAUGAUGCAGGCAGCCACCCUGCGUGUUGCAUUCGAUCGUGCGGGAUGUGAUUACAGAGGCGACUGCUUUGUGGGGUGUGUUCCAAGCAAAGCAGCAUGUGUGUUCCGUAUCUCGGUCCAGCCAUCCCAUCCCGUAUACAGUCCUCUUUCGAAAGCCAACAGUCAGUCGUCGUCGAGUCUACCAUGCAAGCUGGUGGCCUAGUUCGGGAUGCAAAAUGC